AUGCAAAGAUUCAAAAUUUAAUUUUGCUAUAAUGUGCUGUUGAUUCAAUCAAACACACAAAUUGUAAAAAAAUAUCUUAUAGGAUUUGGUUAAAUUCUUAAUCUUAUCACGAAAUCAAAAGAAAAUCUUAAUAAUUUAGCAGAUUAACUGAAUAAAUCCUUUGCUUAAGUUAACACUAAAUUUGAAGAAUAUUAAAAAGAAAUUGAAAAAAUGAAUAAAUAACUAAUUAAGAUAUCUGAAUCUAUAUUUUUAAAUUUAUUUCAUUAUAAAUUAAAAGCAUUUUAUAAAAGCAUAUAUUAAUUGAAUCAAUGUCAGAGAGCAUGA